GCGGCGCAGGGGCAAGAUGGCUGCUGAGAAGCAGGUUCCUGCCGGCGGCGGUGGUAGCAGCAGCGGCGGUAGCGGUGGUGGACGCGGUGCCGGAGGAGAGGAAAAUAAGGAAAACGAACGGCCUUCAGCUGGAUCGAAGGCAAACAGAGAAUUCGGAGAUAGCCUGAGUUUGGAGAUUCUUCAGAUUAUUAAAGAAUCCCAGCAGCAGCAUGGUUUACGGCAUGGAGAUUUUCAGAGGUACAGAGGCUACUGUUCCCGUAGACAAAGACGUCUUCGGAAAACACUCAACUUCAAGAUGGGGAACAGACACAAAUUCACAGGGAAAAAAGUAACUGAAGAUCUUCUGACUGAUAACAGAUAUUUGCUUCUGGUUCUGAUGGAUGCUGAGAGAGCCUGGAGCUAUGCCAUGCAGCUCAAACAGGAAGCCAACACUGAACCCCGAAAACGGUUCCACUUGUUAUCUCGCCUACGCAAAGCUGUGAAGCAUGCGGAGGAGUUGGAACGCUUGUGUGAGAGCAAUCGUGUGGACGCCAAGACCAAGUUGGAGGCUCAGGCUUACACAGCUUACCUCUCAGGAAUGCUGCGGUUUGAACAUCAAGAAUGGAAAGCCGCCAUUGAGGCUUUUAACAAAUGCAAGACUAUCUAUGAGAAGCUGGCCAGCGCUUUCACAGAAGAGCAGGCUGUGCUGUACAACCAGCGAGUGGAGGAGAUCUCGCCCAACAUCCGCUACUGUGCAUAUAACAUUGGGGACCAGUCAGCUAUCAAUGAACUCAUGCAGAUGAGAUUGAGGUCUGGGGGCACUGAGGGUCUCCUGGCUGAAAAAUUGGAGGCGUUGAUCACUCAGACUCGAGCCAAGCAGGCAGCCACCAUGAGUGAAGUGGAAUGGAGAGGCAGAACUGUCCCGGUGAAGAUCGACAAAGUGAGGAUCUUUUUACUGGGAUUGGCCGACAAUGAGGCAGCCAUCGCCCAGGCUGAAAGUGAAGAAACCAAGGAGCGUCUGUUUGAAUCCAUGCUCAGUGAGUGUCGGGACGCCAUCCAGGCCGUUCGGGAAGAGCUCAAGCCAGAUCAGAAACAGAGAGAUUAUACCCUUGAAGGGGAAUCGGGGAAGGUAUCUAAUCUUCAGUACCUGCACAGCUACCUGACUUACAUCAAGCUGUCAACAGCGAUCAAGCGGAACGAGAACAUGGCUAAAGGCCUGCAGAAGGCAGUGCUGCAGCAGCCGCCGGAGGAUGACAGCAAGCGCUCCCCCCGGCCCCAGGACCUGAUCCGGCUCUGUGACAUCAUUCUCCAGAAUCUGGUGGAAUUGCUCCAGCUUCCUGGCUUAGAGGAGGACAGAGCCUUCCAGAAAGAGAUAGGCCUUAAAACUCUGGUCUACAAGGCUUACAGGUGUUUCUUCAUCGCUCAGUCCUAUGUGCUGGUGAAGAAGUGGAGCGAAGCCCUUGUCCUGUACGACAGGGUCCUGAAAUACGCAGAUGAGGUGAAUUCUGAUGCCGGAGCCUUCAAGAACAGCCUAAAGGACCUGCCUGACGUGCAAGAGCUCAUCACGCAAGUGAGGUCGGAAAAGUGCUCUCUGCAGGCGGCCGCAAUCCUGGCCCCUGGUCGAACGGUUUGAGACAUUCUGCCUGGACCCUUCCCUCGUCACCAAGCAAGCCAACCUCGUGCACUUCCCGCCGGGAUUCCAGCCCAUCCCAUGCAAGCCUUUG